UAAUAUUUUCGAAAACAUUUUCACUUGCAGACGAGAGAGAGACGAGGUGGUCGGUGUUCCCGUUGGUCCAUUCCGAACCACCAAAACCAACAAAAUCGACCAAAAAGCCCCGUUUAUGAUUCGCAAUUUAUACGUUAUCGUCAAGUUAAUUCCCGUAAUAUAGUUGCAAAAUUGAAGUAAUUGAAGAUUAUGGGUAUGGGAAUAACGAUGUAAUGAGUAGUGAGUACGAGUUAGAGGGGUUGGGUUCUGAAACCGGUUUUUUUCUGGUAUCCAAAUCCUCCACGAGAAAAUUGACAACCACCUAGGAGGAGGUUGUGGAGGAUUGAGCGUAUCAAAGGGUACUAAUACAAGAAGUUAAGAACCUCAUUGCAUAAAGAAAGGGAAGAUAAACCAAAAUCGUCAUCAAUUUUUUGAGACCCCAGAUUUUUAUCUGAAUCUUGCUGUUGUUGAUCAGGAACCAUAAUAACUGGAAAAAGACAAAGGUUGGAGGAAUACUUCAUGUAUAGUGUUGGGGUUGUUUUGAUUGGAAGCAAGGCUUAAACUUUGGGGGUCUGUUUUUGUAUUUUGGUGUUUUGACAAAAAUGAAUGUGGUAGGCAGAGUUGGAAGCUUGAUUGCAACCCCUUUUCACCCCUUUGGUGGAGCUGUUGAUGUGAUUGUUGUUCAGCAGCAAGAUGGGACCUUUCGGAGCACGCCUUGGUAUGUUCGGUUUGGUAAAUUUCAGGGUGUUCUCAAAGGUGCUGAAAAGAUUGUCAGAAUAAAAGUUAAUGGUGUUGAAGCUGACUUCCAUAUGUACCUUGACAAUUCUGGGGAGGCUUAUUUUGUGAAGGAGGUGGAUGAUGAUGAUAAAGGAGUUGAGUCAAAUGGGGUUGUUCAAGAUUCUAGUAACAAAAAUAAUAGUUUUUUGAGUAAUGUUCAUAAACUUGAUCAUAGCAUCUCGGAUUCUGGGGUGCUUCGGUUGAAAGAUGAAGGUGAUUCCUUAGUUGUCCCUCCAAUUCAAAGGGCAGAAUCUGAUGGUGAUAGGAGAUUUUACGAAUUCCAAGAUGAUCGAUCUUCUUUUGAAGAUUCAGUUGAGUUGUCAGAAUAUGGGUCUAAUUCAUUUGAGAGUCCAGAGAGAGAGAAUUUUGUGGACUCACACGGUUCCCUUCCAGAGAUGGUCUUGGUGAGUGUGGAUGGUCAUAUAUUAACUGUCCCUAUCUCAGAAUCAGAGCAGAAUGAGGAGAAUGUGCAAUUAAGAAAUCCUCAGUUUCAUCUGGGCCCAGGUGAAGAGACUGACUUAUGUGAAGGGAAUGAAGAGAUGAGUUCUGGCGAAAGUGCUUCGGCUUCGGCUGCUGAUUAUACUAGUCAGCUGGAUGCUCCAACAGGUGAAUUAGCACCCACAUGUUGCAACACUAAUGGUGAUGAUAAUACUUCUGUGCUCCCACUUGAAGUUUGUCAAGGAGAGGAGGAACAUAUUUGUCAAGUACAGGAAACCUUGGAGACUAAAAAUCAAGAUCUUUAUAUGCAAACUGAUUCAGAAGGGGUUGUAUCUGGUGUCGAGAGGGAGAAUGUUUUUGAAAGCUGUUUGGAGCCACAAGAACUUGCCCAGCAGGCUAAAAUUGCUGAUUUACAUGAUUUAGCUUCAUCAUUGGAGGUUCAAAAUUCGGCAAUGAAAUCUAAUGCAAGUUGUCCGGUAGUUGAUGAAAAUGAACAAGAGAACAUUGUACAAUCUCAAAAUGUUGAUGAGUUGUCUCCCCCAAAUGGUUCUAUUUCUUCUGAUGGCCAUAGAUCUCCAAAAUCAGAUUUGGGACUUCAAGAGAUUGAGAAAAAUGCAUCAGUAGAAGUUGAAACUGCUUCUGGCUCUCAUUCUGUUACUAUUGAUACUCAAUGGAAUGAUGAACAUAUUGGCAAAUCAGUGUCAAAUGAUGUGGUAGAUGAGAGUCAACAAUCCCCUGCACUUGAAGGUGUUAGUAAUACAAGUGAGGUAGUGGAACCUCAAACAGAAACUUCAAAUAAAGGGGAUCAAGGUCAUUCAGGUUUGAGAUUUGAGAUCUCACUUUGUGGUCAUGAACUUAGGGCGGGUAUGGGUUUGGUAGCUGCUGCUGAAGUGUUUGAAGCACAUCGGAUAUCUGCAGUGGACUUUACAAGUUCUGCACCAUCAAUAAUUAAGAAUCAAAAUCUUAUUAUCAGAUUUAAAGAGAGGUACUUGACGUGGGAAAAGGCUGCUCCUCUUGUUCUUGGAAUGACUGCGUUUGGUUUAGAUUUACCUGUUGAGCCCAAAGAUGCAAUUCCUGUGGAACAGGAUGAUGCAGUAAAGUUCAGAUAUGAUGAUACUGGAUCACCUUCGUCUGGACGCAGAUGGAGAAUUUGGUCUCUUCCUUUUCGAAAGGUCAAGACACUUGAGCGCACCAAUAGCAACUUAUCAAAUGAGGAGGUAUUUCUAGAUUCUGAGUCUGCAUCUCUUGUAGAGCCAACUCCAACUUCCAGUACCCAGGGAUCUCCUCGUAAACAAUUUGUAAGGACAAAUGUUCCCCCUAAUGAGCAGAUAGCAUCCUUGAAUCUCAAAGAUGGUCAAAAUUGGGUAACCUUCAGUUUCUCUACAAGGGUUCUUGGAACACAACAGGUUGAUGCUCAUAUAUACUUAUGGAAGUGGAAUGCAAGAAUCGUAAUUUCGGACGUUGAUGGAACUAUUACCAAGUCUGAUGUUUUGGGGCAGUUCAUGCCUUUAGUUGGCAGAGAUUGGACUCAGUCUGGAGUGGCAAGGCUUUUCUCUGCCAUUAAGGAAAAUGGAUACCAGCUACUGUUUCUGAGUGCCCGGGCAAUUGUCCAGGCAUAUCUAACCAGGAACUUCUUGCUUAACCUGAAACAGGAUGGAAAAACCUUACCAAAUGGACCCGUUGUUAUUUCUCCUGAUGGAUUAUUUCCCUCACUUUUCCGAGAAGUGAUAAGAAGAGCACCUCACGAGUUCAAGAUUGCUUGUUUAGAGGAUAUCAAGAGACUUUUCCCUUCUGAUUAUAAUCCAUUCUAUGCUGGAUUUGGCAAUAGAGACACAGAUGAACUUAGUUAUAGGAAGAUUGGAAUCCCGAAGGGCAAAAUAUUCAUUAUUAAUCCUAAGGGUGAGGUGGCUAUUAGUCAACGUAUUGUUGGUGCAAAGUCAUAUACAUCAUUACAUACCCUCGUUAAUGACAUGUUUCCACCUACUUCUUUGGUAGAGCAGGAGGAUUUCAACUCAUGGAAUUUUUGGAAAAUGCCAUUGCCAGAUGUUUAGUUCCCUUUGACAAGAAUUCCCUGGUAUUGAACCAUCCGAGAUGUUAACCAAAAAGCCAGACAUUCCUUCUAUAAUUGAUUGGAGAGUAUCCUUCUAUACUGUAAUUCAUUGAUGGGCAUGUAAGUUUUCAAAGAACAUUAUUUUCAUUGUGAUGGCCAUGCCCUUGCUCUCCUUCUUUUUUGAUCUUCAUUAAAUCUUGGUUUAUUACAAUCCACCCCAUCAACAGAAUUGUAUAACAUUUGGCUUACAUGUUAAAUUGUACUACGCUUAACUACUAAAAAAUAAAU